AGAGAGCGGAGCCGGAAGUCCCGCCCUCCUAGGACGGUGAACGGGUUCCCGUAAGGGUCAUUCCGAGCAGGAGGGCGGAUUUGCCGCGGGACGUGCUUCCUUGGGGUGCCUGGGCCCACGAGGGAUGGCAGCCCCGUCCAUGAAAGAAAGACAGGCGUGCUGGGGAGCCCGGGACGAGUACUGGAAGUGCUUGGACGAGAAGGCAGAGGACGCGUCCCAGUGCGAGCAGUUGAGAAGCGCAUUCGAAUCCAGGUGUCCCCAGCAGUGGAUAAAAUAUUUUGAUAAAAGAAGAGACUACUUAAAGUUCAAAGAAAAAUUUGAAGCAGGACAGUUCCAGCCUUCGAAAACGACAGCACAGUCCUAGGCUGCUCCUGAACUUUCCAGAAGGUUUGACAUUAUUCUGUCUGAACUUGCAAAAUGCUCCCCUGACUUUGGGACAGUAGUGGUUUGGAUCAUGUAAAUGGCACGACUCGUUCCACAUAAACGACUCUUUAAUAAAUGAUCACAUAACAGAGAUCCCAACAUUUAGACUAUGAAGAAUCGAAAUGCUUUGUUUUAAUUUCGUAAGAAAGCUAUAUUUUAAGAAAAAUUAAAGCCUAUUAUAAAAACCUA